GUAGACUCUAAGCACAUAUGUAGCACACAUGGCAUUUUAUUACCUUUUUCCAGAUUAAGUUCAAUUUGUUGAGAGGCAUGAUUCAGUUUCACCAGUUCAAACAUCAAGUAGGCCUAGAUUUUGAUAUGUUUUUUGAUAAAAGUCUCCUAAACGUGUAUUCAAUAGGCUACGUUUUAUUUGUAGGCUAUAUCCAAUUACAUUUCUGCAUUAGGUUAAUAUACUUUUAGCUCAAAUAUUAGUUUUUUUCCUUAUUUUCAUCUCAUUGCGAAUCGUUCUGGGUGCAAAUGAUUCAUUUUAAAGAUUCGACUCAAUGGAAAAAUUCAUUCUCGAAUCGGACAUGGCCAGCAGACAGGGGGUUUGGCUCCCGGCGUAAUCGGACCCCAGCACUCGGCUCUUUAAAGGAAUAAACUAAAGGAUGAAUUUACUGAAUGAAGAACCGCUGCAACGUCUGCUGAGCUCAGAGCAGGACUGGAAGCUCUAAAGACGGCGAGACGGAUAAUGAAAGGUCUGAAGGAGCGACUUUUGGAAACGUUUACGAAGUUUGGAGGCGUAGCGCAGCGAUGUGAUGUGAUCUACCAGAUUUGAAAACAUUAAAGUGUAAAUCUCGGGCGGUCAAGAGAAGGACAGUCACAAGGUUGGCAGCCUGGCACACAGGCACAGAUGGCAGAGGUGAUGGAGGGUGUAUCCACGGCAGCAGUGCACAACAGCAGUGUGGACUGGCAAAAGAGAUGCAUCGCCCUCGAGAAGCAGCUCAUGAGGUUUCGUCUGCAAGCUGGAAAUAUCCGCCACCUACUUGCUGAGAGGAUGCAGGAGUUGGAACAGAGAGUGAUAGAGGCUGACCAGCGGGCAGAGAAUGCUGAAAAACAGGUCCACAUUAUGGAGGAGAAGCUGAAGUCUGCAAACAUGCAGCCCAGUGAAUCGGAAAACUCAUUGUACAGGCGUUAUCAAGAGUUGAACAGUCAAAUUCAGGAGAAAGACAUGAUCAUAAAGAGACUUGAAGGACAACUGGAGAAUCAGAACUUGGUUCGAGCCCAAGAGGCAAAGAUAAUUGAAGAAAAAGCUGCCAAAAUCAAAGACUGGGUCACGUUUAAGUUACGAGAGAUGGAAACAGAGAACCAGCAGUUGAAUAAGGCAAACCUGAAGCAGGCCGAGCAGAUCCUCAUACUCCAAGACAAGCUUCAGAUUCUUCUCGAGAGGCCCAUGUCUCCAGCGGUGGAUGCACAUCUGGUCCCCUCCAGUCCACUCCACCCUCCCAGCUGUCCCGGGACACCGCCUGCCCAGGAGGAGGGCUGGAGAACGACAGGGUCCAUAGCCAACUGUACAGAUAGCAAAAGGAAAAUCAUGGAGGAUUGUGAUUCCGCUUUUCAUAGUGCAACAUUACUUCCCACAUUACAAGACAAAGGAGACUCUCAUAAGUCUAGUCAAGAUGGCGUUGACACCACAACCUCGGUAAAGGAGAGCACAGAGGGGGCGGAGCCUUCAUUUGGAAUGACAUGUGAGAGAGCAGUAGGAGGAGCCUCAGACAGAGAUCACUCUUCUGAUGAACUCAACAGCAGAUUUCGUUCCCAGCGCCUUCGCUCUUCUUCAUCAUCCUCUUCGUCAUCCUCCUCAGCAUAUGAGACACCUGGUCUGGGUGGCUUCGACACACCUACCCCUACUCCUAAGAGCCCUCCUCCUGUGUCCCUCUCACCCCCAUCAGUAUGCCUCCCUCUGUCAUGCCACUUCCCUCUGGCUGUACCCUUGGGCACCAGCAUGACCCUGCCCAAAGUUCGCACCCCUCUAACCCCCCGUGACAGCAUCCAGCUUGUGAAGAAACACCACAGUCAGCCGCAGCCUGGCAUAGAGCGCCUCCAUCAGGUCAACGUCACUAUUGAUAUCGGAAACUGCACCCCUCCAUCCUGCCACAGUCUGGUCCCCAGUACAGUUUCCACACAUGGGCUAGAGGAGACAGACAUUGAUGAAGGGCCUCCAGAAAGCAUGGAGGACAUGGUGGAGGCAUCAGAGAUGGAAACCCAGCCCACUGAUGGAGGCUUAUUUGAAGGGUUGGCCAAUGAGUUUGAGUUGAUGGACCCAGAAGCUCUUAAACCACCUACACCACCUCUGCACCGAUUUCCCUCUUGGGAGAGCCGGAUUUAUGCAGUAGCUAAGUCAGGAAUGAGAGUCUCAGAGGCCUGUCUUGGAGCUAAGACUAUUGGGAGAGUAUCCACACAACCUCAGCACUCAACAACUGGCCCCUUCACUCACCUCAUUUAUAAGAACAUCAGUGUUCCUGUAUACUCCACACUUAAAGGGAAAGCAACUCAGAUCAGCAGCGUCCCUCUGCCAGAUGAUGACUCUGGUUCAGAAGACGACAGUAGCUCAUUGGCCAGCCUGCACACAUCCACAUUGGUGCCAGAUAAGAAGGGCAGUACCCCAGGCAGCCCACGUGCUGUCAAAAGAGGUGUGUCUAUGUCCUCCAUCAGUUCAGAGAGUGACUAUGCCAUUCCUCCGGAUGCGUACUCACUGGACAGUGACUGCUCAGAGCCUGAGCACAAGGUGCAACGCACCUCGUCCUACUCAUGCGAGAGUUACGGACCGGAGAGUCUAGAAAAGACGGGUUACUUGCUGAAAAUGGGCAGUCAGGUGAAAGCUUGGAAGAGGCGCUGGUUUAUUCUGAGGAACGGGGAGAUCUUGUACUAUAAGUCCCCGAGUGACGUGAUCCGGAAACCUCAGGGCCAAAUGGAGCUGAGCUCUUCGUGUCAUAUAGCCCGCGGAGAGGGAGCUCAGACAUUCCAGUUAAUAACAGAGAAGAAGACCUUUUACUUGGCUGCAGAUUCCCCAAAUAUCCUGGAGGACUGGAUCAAAGUUCUCCAGAAUGUUCUCAAGGUCCAGGCCAGUGGACCAAUUUCCAUGAAUAAAGAAGCUAAGGCCACGGUGCGAGGCUGGCUAACUAAAGUGAAACAUGGUCAUUCAAAGCUUUUGUGGUGUGCUUUGAUUGGGAAAGUCUUCUACUACUACCGGAACCAGGAUGACAAGUUCCCACUGGGUCAGCUACGCAUUCGGGAAGCACGGGUGGAAGAAGUGGACAGGUCAUGUGACUCUGAUGAGGAUUAUGAAGCAGGUGGGUGGGGCUUCCUCUCCUCUCACUUCACGUUAGUGGUCCAUCCCAAAGAGCAAAGCCCCACCUACCUGCUUGUCGGGACUAAACAAGAAAAGGACACCUGGCUGUACCACCUGACCGUCGCAGCGGGCAGUUGUACCAGUUUGAGAGUAGGUACAGAUUACGAGCAGCUGAUUGGAAAGCUGUUGGAUGUGGAUGGAGACCCAGACUCCGCUCUGUGGAGAUGUGAAGUGUUGUGUUUCAGUAAAGAGGGUCUGCGGUACCCUCUCACCACACUGCCCUCCGAGGCGCUUCAAACAGAGGCUCUCAAGCUCUUUAAGUCAUGCCAGCUGUUCAUCAAUGUGCUGGUGGAGUCUCCCUCCAUCGACUACCACACGUCGCUGGCCCAGAAUGCACUACAGGUGUGCCUAACACAUCCAGAGCUGCAGAAUGAGAUGUAUUGUCAGCUGAUCAAACAAACCAACUGCCGCACUCCUCACAACUAUGCCCUCACGCAGUGCUGGCAGCUGUUGUCAUUGUGUGUAGCUCUCUUCCUGCCUCAGCACCAUUUCCUGUGGUACCUGAGACAGUACCUGCAGCGGAACGCAGAUCCCAGGACUGAAGUGGGGAAGUAUGCUGUGUACUGCCAGCGCUCAGUAGAGAGAACCUCACAGAAUGGAGAGAGGGAGGCAAAGCCUUCACGAAUGGAAAUUCUUUCUAUUCUGCUGAGAAACCCCUACCAUCACUCGCUACCCUUCAGCAUACCUGUUCACUUCAUGAACAACACUUAUGAGGUCGUAGGUUUUGAUGGUUCCACCACAGUGGAGGAGUUCCUGAACACAGUAAACCAGAGGGCAGGCAUGAGGAAACCACAGAUUUCAGGCUUCGCGCUCUUCACUGAUGACCCCUCUGGAAAAGAUCUGGAGCACUGCCUGCAGCCCAGCAAUAAAAUUUGUGAUGUGAUCUCAAAGUGGGAACAGGCACUGAAAGAACUUCAUCCUGGAAAAUAUGAAGGAACACGAAUUGUCCGUCUCACUUAUAAAAGCAGGCUGUGUUUCAGAGCUCAGGCUAAGGGGGAGGCUGAGAGAGAGCGCCUCCUGCUGGCAUAUCAAGUAAAUGAAGAGGUACAACAAGGGCACUUCCCUGUCAGUAAGGAACUGGCCCUGGAGGUGGCUGCGCUGAUGGCACAGGUUGAGCAUGGUGACCUCGACCGCCCAGCGAUCUCUUCCAUUGGUUCUUCUCAGCUGAAGACCCAACAGGUCCUUCUGCAGGUACUGGAGCGUUUUUAUCCUAAACGCUACAAGCAGGAAUGCAGCAUGGAGCAGCUCAGGGAACUCUCUGAGCGUUUGGCCACUAAUUUGUAUGUAUUUAAUUGGUGGUGGGCCUCAGGUUGUUUCAGAUGUACAGUAGAUAAGGCAUCAGUAUUCUUAGCCACUGGUGAAAUUGAAUUCUAUUUUCUACACAACCUUGACCACUUAAAAAGAUUUCCAGAUGUACCUUUUCACAAGAGGGCUGUUAAAACAUGGCAGAAUAUCUCCUUUUACUCCCACUCUGUUGGUGCACAGCCAUUGCCUCCCUCUUCACUGGAGCAAACUCGACUAUGGCUGGCUGUUAAUGAGGAUGGGCUGAGUUUUCUGGACUAUACAAUGCACCCAUUCGUCACAUAUCCAUACCAGUCAGUGAUCACCUUCGGAGGUUGCAAGGAAGAUUUCAUGCUAGUGGUCAGCCAGAUUAAAGACCAAGCUUUGGGCAAGAAGACUGUGGAUAAACUUUUAUUUGCAAUGGCUAAACCAAAGAUCCUGGAACUGACGCUCCUCAUGGCUAGUUAUAUUAACUACUGGACCUCUAGCUUACCAGGGGCUGGAAACCAGACUCAGUGCUCAGGAGUGGGGCCUCAUGGAGACAGGAAGCUCUGGGACAUCGACAGCCGACACUUCCCCUCAAUGACAUAUACUACCAAAGGCCCCACUCUCCUUUAAAACCUCAGUCUCCAGGUGUCUGGGUUGGCAACCUAUCACAUGGUCUGCAAACAAAUAAAAACACAUUUUGGGAAAUAUUUAGAUCAUUCAUUCAAUUCAACGAUUUUGUGUUUGAAGUUUCGAACCAUAAACUGCAAAAGUUAUUUGUGUGAAACGGUCACUAUUUGCACACUGUUCGUAGUCCAAAUACAAGAAAUAAACAGAUCACAAAGUGUUUUUUUUAAAUGGCGACUCAUAGAAACCCACCCUGAGAAGAUCACCCACAAAGACAGAGCAGAUCCAAGAGUAUUUUAUUCUUGAAUGCAAAAAGUUUGGCGCUCAUUUUUAAGGAAUUAGAGCUUUUAAACUGGAAGUCCAGUUAAAGGCACGGUUUGACUUUUUCAUCUGUGCAUAACAUGAUUUUAUUUUUAUUUCUGUCUUUGUUUGAGUUUUUUGUUUAUACUGGUUCAGGACAUUUCCACUGUUUAACGGUACAUUAAUUAAUGGUACCAUCAGUCAUUUGAAGUUUACGGUGAAUAUUAGGAUGUGUAGAAACAUUACACAGAUCAUCUCGAAUACAUCGGCACAUUCAGCGGAAACUAGCUAACCAGCAUAUAAAGGACAGUCUUAUGUGUCUAGUGGUAGUGUAACGGAUGAUGAAUUCUUCUCAUCUAUCCAAGCAGGAAAUGACAUGAAAAUGUCAUCAGCACUAUGUGAAGUUACAGAGUUUGGGCUAAAAGUUAGUUUUCUCAUUUGUUUUGUGCCAUUUUCAGUAGUACUACCAAACAUUAUAAUUAAUCUGAGCCAAACUGUUCAUUUUAGCAAAUGUAGUGACAAGUUUUAGGUUACACAGUAGUUGCAGAAAGGCACACAUUUACUUCAUAUUUGCUCGCUAGCCAUAGCCUUGC